AGCGUUUUUUGUGAUUCCCCACAACCGAAUGUAUUUGUCGUCGGUGGUUCGUAAAUAAUUUUGCGAUUGUCAUUUUUCUCCUUUCUUGUGAUAGUAAAAACGAAAACACACCAUGCCUCUGAGUCGCUGCUCUAAGCUGAGACAGGACAGGAAGCGAGCCACCUGUGGUAGACGCAAUGUCCUGGCCUCAGGUCUUGCAGUUGCCCCAGUCGGACUUGCAGUCCGCUUUCACCAUCGGGAGCUUGAUCUUCGCACAGGAAAUGAAGGUAUCUAGCUAUAAGAAUGAUGGUAUCUAGAAUUUUUGAUCUAAGUCUUACCGUGUCGUCUGAUUGGAUGUCGUAUGUGCUUGUAUACUUAUGGGUCGCUCCGUUUUCAAGAGUUCUGUGUCGUUUCUAGGUCCUGAUGUACCGUUUUUUUCGAAACAUCCGCAUCAGGUGGAAAACCCCUCACUUUGAUGGAAUUGACGUACAAGAGUUUGGCGGACCUGACACCCAAGAUAUCAGAGGACGAGGCCAAGAAUAUGAUCCGCAACAAUCUCGUGAACAUCAAAGAGAAGGCACGGACAGGAAUGCAGGGGACCUUACAGGAUAAGACGAACGCGUAUUUAACGGAUGCCAGACGAACGAUCGUAGGCCGCGAGAACGUGGAAGCCGGUUCUAUCGACUCCCAGCACCCCGAUGCUGACAAAAUCGACGCGGAACACCUCAAGAGGUACGAGGACGGGCUCAAGAAAUUGGAGUAUCACCCUACGUCGACCACAGACGGGGUCAGCGAUAUGUGGGACACUUUGGAAAAGUUGCAUGGUCUGGAGACGAUUCUGGAGAAAGUGAGCACUCCUAAAGAGAAGGCUGAGCUACGUGGUAUUUUUGAAGAAUUUUCCAAAGGGCUUUCAGACGCGUGGCACAGGGAAGUCGGCAGAUUUGAUGUUUCUGGACAUUUUUCGGCUUCUAAGAUGGGCGCAGGCUAUGAGCAGGCUCGUGCCAGGGAGAGAACUAUGCAGGUGCGCCGGAACAGUGUCUCAGGUUUCGUACGCGUGUGGAGAAAGAUCUUCGGAGAGAAGAUAGCGAUAGCUGCAAGUGAUGCUGUGGCUCUGCAAACGCGACCGGACGGAGGUACUGAAGAGAUCAAAGAAAGUUUGGCUACCGUGAAAGCAGGGGUGAAAAUGUUUUUUGACAAACUCAUGUUCAAGAUACCAGAGUUAAAAGACAAGCUGGAGGAAUACAUCAAGAACUCCAAAAGUUCAUCGUCGAGCGUCGCUUCUACUUCGCCGGACAAGAACUCCGAGAGGUUGUCGUCGAGCGCCACCUCUCAUGGGCAUGAUGGUGCGGUGAACCCGAAUCCGGAUGAUGCGGUGCGAAACUUAUGUAAUGAACUAAGCGCGUACAUUAAGGAUGAGCCACAAGAAGAGCUGGUGACACUCGAGGAGGAUCGAAAUCCUGAAUUUGCCAUGGACGAGCCACAGGAUAUGAACCCCGGAACUGAAGGCAGUGCGAAGCCUGAAUCACGUUCUCACGAAAUCUCCGGAAGUAGGUUGAAGAACACUUUGGCCAUGCUCGGGAAUAAAUUGAAGUUGACCGGGGAAGGAUGGGCGCCAAGUAUGCGAAAGAAAGUAUUGAAUGACGAGGAGGAGCAAAUGGAAAAAGGUCGUGCCCUUGAUCACGCCUUUGCCGUGGGUGCUCAUCCACCGGAGUAA